UUUUCUUUUUUCUUUUUGUAUUUUCUUCACCUUCCAAGUGUAGAACAAACACAACCAGAUGGCAAAAUAACUGAAUAAAAAUAGCAAAUCCCAAAUAAAAUCACCGGACAAUGGAGGUGGUUGUGGGAGAAGGAUGGGGCCGAGCCAUGGUACUGUAACGCCUCUCCCCAGCUUCCUUCUCUGAGAACCCUUGUCAUCUGAUUUUUGUACGGGUUCUCAGUGGCGUAGGUAAGCAACGACGAGCAGUCAUGGGGAGGGUGGAGUCUUCUGAGCUGUUACUCCAUCUUCGUAGGAAAAUGGCCGAGUCUCCCCUUCAAUCCAAUUCUUCAUCCUCAUCACCUCAAACAGCACCACCGCCAAAGUCUUCGCCGCCACCGCCAUCGCCAUCGACACCACCACCCUCCUCGGCACCUCCACCCCCGACCCCAACUGCUCCACCUCCAAAGAAUUCCCCACCUCCAUCAAACAAAUCUCCCUCUCCACCUUCGCCACCAUCCGAUUCUUUUGCACCACCGCCACCACCAGCUCAGUCUAAGUCCCCAACACCCCCUUCUCGAUCUGGUGCAGUGCCAGGGCCCUCUCCAAAGAGUUCCGGGAAGACAUCACCUUCGCCAACAUCCAAGGAAGACUCGAAGGAGUCUUCAAAGAAUGACAAGAGCAACAGAAGCAACAGCAAAGGCAGCAGCCCAGUCGAGGCCACUAAUUUGCCUCUUGUUGUGGGGACUGCUGUUGGUAUAACUCUAUUUGUUAUUGCUUUGCUCGCUGUUGCGAUAUGCUGCUGCCUUAAAAAGAAGAAGCGUCGCAAUAACAUGCACUAUUAUGAUCCUUCAGUCUCCAAAGGUGAUCGCUACUACAACAAUGGAUCACUCCCAAGAUGGCAACACCAAGGGAUGGACCCCAUGGGCAAGCUUCCACCACCUCCUGGUGCGGCUGCCCCAGGUGGAGGUGGGUGGCAGCAAUCGCCACCUCCACCGAUGAUGGGCAGUGGUGACAUGAGCUCCUUUUACUCCGGCCCCCACGGUCCUCCAUUGCCGCCGCCUUCACCCAGCAUUGCCUUGGGGUUCAACAAGAGCACCUUCACCUACGAGGAGCUGGCCGCUGUGACAAACGGCUUCUCUCAGGCUAAUCUCGUAGGGCAAGGUGGCUUCGGCUAUGUCUACAAGGGUGUGCUCCCUAAUGGCAAGGAGGUCGCAGUGAAGCAGCUCAAGUCGGGGAGUGGGCAGGGAGAGAGGGAGUUCCAAGCUGAGGUCGAAAUCAUCAGCAGAGUCCACCAUCGCCACCUUGUGUCCCUUGUUGGAUAUUGCAUUGCUGGGUCGCAACGGCUGCUCGUCUAUGAGUUUGUUCCCAACAAAACUCUUGAAUACCACCUUCAUGGAAAAGGCCUUCCAGUAAUGGAUUUUUCAACGAGGCUUAAGAUUGCUUUAGGAUCAGCAAAGGGCCUCGCCUACUUGCAUGAAGACUGCCACCCUCGCAUUAUCCAUCGUGACAUCAAGACUGCUAACAUUCUCUUGGAUAAUAAAUUUGAAGCCAUGGUUGCGGACUUUGGAUUGGCCAAGUUAAAUUCUGACAAUAACACACAUGUUUCGACACGCGUCAUGGGAACUUUUGGGUAUUUGGCUCCAGAGUAUGCAUCAAGUGGCAAGCUGACAGAGAAAUCGGACGUCUUCUCAUUCGGUGUGAUGCUUUUGGAGCUUAUAACUGGACGACGUCCGGUUGAUAACACCCGUGCGUUUAUGGAAGAUAGCCUGGUCGAUUGGGCAAGGCCUCUUUUAAGCCGUGCAUUGUCCGAUGGAGAUUUUGAUGAGCUGAUAGAUCCACGCCUGGAGAACGAUUACAACGCAAUGGAGAUGCAACGCAUGAUAGCAUGUGCUGCUGCUUGUGUUCGCCAUUCCGCGAGGAGGCGCCCCAAGAUGAGCCAGAUUGUGAGGGCAUUGGAGGGUGACACAUCACUCGAAGACUUGAAUGAGGGGGUGAGGCCCGGGCAGAGCACAUACUUCAACUCAAGCUCGGACUAUGACACAGGUUCAUAUGGCUCACACAUGAGGAAGUUCAGAAGGGCUGCACUUGGAAGUGAGGAGUUCAGCAAUGAGUACAGUGGAUAGAUCAAUGCCUAUGGGCUCAAUGCAUCUGACUAGAGGAGCUCUGAGGAGUUGAAUGCUCUUGGAAAUCAGAGGCACAAAGCUCAUUGAUCUCCUCGAGAAAAGAAAAGAAGAAGAAAAAAAUGAUCAUGACAAAAGAUAUACUCAAUCAUGGAACCAAAGAGCUUGUUGAGCUGAAUGUGUUGUGGCCUUCUUUUGUUGGUGGGAGAGAUGGUUUAGUUUGUCUAUCAGGGUUUGUUCUUAUCAAUAUUGUAAUUAUUGGAGUUGGCUUCUAUUAUUUACUGGCAGCUUGGACAAUUAUUGUUUGAACCAAGGAAAAGGCUGGGGAUUUCUAGAAUUUUCUCACCCCACUUUUGACUGCAUGUUUUCGAUUCCUAUUUACAGGAAAAAUUGCCUGGAGAGGCAAUUGGG